AGAGUGCAAGUCUCCCCACCACUGACAAGAGGACCAAGUGCCUUUAUACCCGAGAAUGAAGUUAUGCAAGCAAAUGGUUUGGAUGAACGUACUAAUCUUCUUGUGGAAGAAUACUCUACAUCUGGUCGCCUGGACAACAUCACACAGGUGAUGAGUAUCCAUACUCAGUACCUGGAGUCUUUCCUCCGCAGCCAGUUCUAUAUGCUGCGCAUGGAUGGGCCCCUCCCUUUGCCCUAUAGGCACUACAUUGCUAUAAUGGCUGCUGCCAGACAUCAGUGUUCCUACCUAAUAAAUAUGCACGUUGAUGAGUUUUUGAAGACUGGCGGGAUUGCAGAGUGGUUGAAUGGUUUAGAAUACAUUCCCCAAAGACUGAAAAAUCUGAACGAAAUAAACAAGCUCCUUGCACACCGGCCCUGGCUGAUCACGAAAGAGCACAUUCAGAAACUUGUCAAGACUGGGGAAAAUAAUUGGUCUCUUCCUGAGCUGGUGCACGCUGUUGUCCUGUUGGCACAUUAUCAUGCCUUGGCAAGUUUUGUGUUUGGUAGCGGCAUUAAUCCAGAGAGAGAUCCGGAUACAUCUAAUGGAGUCAGACUUAUAGCAGUCAACAACUUCUGUGUCUGUGAUCUUGCCAAUGACAACAACAUAGAAAAUGCAUCCCUCACGAGUAGCAACUUUGGGAUCGCAGAUUCUUUAAGUGAGCUGGAGGCCUUAAUGGAAAGGAUGAAGAGGCUACAAGAAGAUAAAGAGGAUGAAGAAGCCUCUCAGGAAGAAAUGGCAACUCGCUUUGAGAAGGAAAAGAAGGAGAGUCUUCUAGUAAUUACAUUUGAUGACGAAAUAGUUUCUACAGAUGUCUCUCGCUAUAUUGAAGAUCCUGGAUUUGGGUACAAAGACUUUGCAAGGCGAGGAGAAGACCAUCUGCCAACGUUCAGAGCUCAGGACUAUACUUGGGAAAAUCAUGGCUUUUCCCUUGUAAACAGGCUUUAUUCUGAUAUUGGGCAUCUCCUGGAUGAGAAGUUUCGGAUGGUAUAUAACCUCACUUAUAACACUAUGGCAACACAUGAAGAUGUUGAUACAACUACGCUAAGAAGAGCUUUAUUUAACUAUGUCCACUGUAUGUAUGGAAUCAGGUAUGAUGACUAUGAUUAUGGAGAAGUUAAUCAAUUACUUGAACGCAGCCUGAAGGUUUACAUAAAGACAGUGACCUGCUACCCAGAGAGAACAACCAAGCGCAUGUACGACAGUUACUGGCGUCAGUUCAAGCACUCGGAGAAGGUUCACGUCAAUCUGCUCCUAAUGGAAGCUCGUAUGCAGGCUGAGCUUCUGUACGCCCUUCGUGCCAUAACUCGUCACCUAACCUGA